UGGGCCGUCACGACGCCACGGAGACUCUCGGAGGGCGCUUGCAUGAGCGGUAGUCAGUUAGGGUUGCGCGCUUGCUUGCUCCCGUUCUCCUCCGGCCCACAGCACUCGAGACUCUCCACGAACGAAAACGAGUUUGGAGGCAAAACGACGUUCUCACAGGGCCCCUGUCAUUGGGCUUAGUUCCGUUAACCUCUGUUCCCUUUGUCAGCGUCUUUAGCCGUCCUGGGUUGCUUCCAGGGGGAAAGCUUUCCUGCUCAGUGCCGCAAGCCCAUAGAUAGCCAAUAUGCCAAAAGAAAUCAUAACUUUACAACUGGGCCACUCGGCAAACUUUGUCGGGACGCAUUUCUGGAACACGCAGGACUCGUAUUUCCGUUUCGAUGGAGAAGAGGAAACGGAGCUAGACCACGAUGUGCUAUACCGUGCUGGACGUAAUUUGAAUGGCGAGGAGACGUAUACACCACGAGCUCUGAUAUCCGAUUUGAAAGGAAGCUUUGGGUCGUUGAAGAAAGUCAGCCCGCUAUACGAAACAGAUGCAUCGGAGGAGAUGUCCGCAUGGGGUGGAAAGGUUGAUCGCUACGUACAGGACCCAUACCCAAAGAACCAGUUCCUAGAGCACCUAGAGAACCCCUCGCAAGCGGAUGGCGAGGCCACGACGUUUUCCGACCAUCUGGAUAAAGCCGUCACAGUGUGGUCGGACUACAACAAGAUCUACUAUCACCCGAAAUCGUUGCUGGAGGUGCCGCACUAUAUCCACGACGACGAUCAGAAUCCGUUCUCGGUCUGGACGCAGGGGUUGGAUGUUAUGACUGAUGCUGAAUUCCGAGAUGAAUGCUUUGAUGAGCGGUUACGGUUUUUUGUUGAAGAGUGUGAUUCAUUGCAAGGCUUCAACAUCCUCGCAGACGCCGAAGACGGGUUCUCCGGCAUCGCAGGAUCGUUCCUCAACCAUCUCUCGGAAGAAUUCCCUAAGAAAGCGUCUAUAACGUUUGGGAUACACAAGCCGCCCAGCGUGUUUGACACUGAGAAAAGCAGAUACGUAGCAUCCGCGAAUUCGGCUUUGUUGCUCAAUACGGCAGCAAGGACGAGCUCUUUAUAUGUCCCGAUCUAUGCGCCGAGUAGAGCUAAUGUGCCGGCUGGGGAUUGGAGUCGCUAUGUCAAGAACGAUUUGAGCACCCCAUAUCAAUGGAGCGCCUAUUUAUCCGUCGCGAUAGAAACCGCUCUUCUCCCAGUCCGCAUCAAAAAAACCUCCCUCCAAGUCGCCGACAUCGCAAACAUCGUAAACGGCGGCUCCUCCCGCACGGUCGCAACACUCUCAGCCGCGGUCCCGUUUGCGUUCCGCAAAGGCGAGUCGUAUGAGAGCUCAAUACAGAUGAAGGAGGGACGGAUACCAUGGAUGGUGGAUCUGACGCAGCGGCUGGCGUAUGAUACGGUGGGCCAGGAGUAUGGACAGUAUACCGUCGUGAGAGGUGUUGGAGAGCUAGGUCGUUGGGAUGACGUUCGCACAAGUAAGCCGCCCAGCAAAUCAGAGGUAGAACAGGCGUUGAGCCAGGCGUUGAAGACUGCAGGGUGCCCGUCUGGCCAUUGCUUCGCCAUCGACAAAGCCAUGCCCAUCGGCGAAUCGUUUCCCCAAUUGUUUACAUCCAACAUCGACGGCAACGGGUUCAUCGUAGACCGCAACCCAGACAACACAGCCCCGCACCCACCAACCCACCACAUAGCCUCCCUCUGCCGCCUGUCCCAAUCCCCCCGCCUCGCCAAACCCAUCCUCGCAGCCCAAGCCAUCCUCGCGAAAUUGACCACACCCGUCGCGGUGCUGUAUGAGAAGGGAGAUAAUGGACUGGCGAGGGAGGAGUGGGUGGAGGUUAGGCAGGAGUUGAAUGAUUUGGCGGAUAUGUAUUUGGGUGAGGAGGAAAUUUAGGGGGUGGAAGGUGCGGAUGGAGUGGGGUGGACGGCGUAUUCGGUGGGUGUGUGGGUACAGUCUUCUAUACCAGCGGCUGUAACCUUGAUUCAUUAGGGAAGGCUAUAUCCCUCAGUCGAACAUAUGUAUCGCCAGGCUAGGCGCACCCGUAGCUGCAACGUUGGUGGGAGGAUGUUGGAACAGCGACGAGUCCCAGGGCGUCUGCGCGUGCGGCCCAAGUUGUCGAACCCCAUGCAAACCCUUUCAGCACGACCGCUCG